GCCCGUGCCCCGCUCCCCAUUGGCCGCCACCUCGGCAGGAGGGGCCGCCCGCGCUCAGGGCACCUGGCGUCGCCCCUCCGCAGGGAAAUCGGAGGCUGCCGGGCGCGGACGCCGGGAGGGAAAGGCAUCCGGAGGGAAGGCUCGGGGCCGUUGUCGAGUUCCCAGAGGCCUGCCCUGUUCUGCCAGCCGCCCCGCCGCGGGCGAUGCUCGGAUGCCCCUGCUACGGCUUCGCCAGCAGGAAACUUUGCCCGGAGAAGUCCCCCACCCUCCUGACCGCGCGGAGAGGGGCCUGGUGGGCCGCGCGCCCCCGGGGGCCCCGCAGCCCCGCGCGUGAUUGCGGGGGCCCCCAGGCGCCUGGCGCACGCCGCGCCCCGCCGUGCGCGAGCGGCCGCCAGGAUGCGCUACGCGGACCCCUCGGCGAACCGGGAUUUGUUGGGGAACCGAACUUUGCUCUUCAUCUUCAUCUGCGCCUUCGCCUUGGUGACCUUGCUGCAACAGAUCUUGUAUGGCAGGAACUACAUCAAGAGAGGUCUCCAGUUUGGUUGGCAGAGUGGUGACCAGCUGGCCAAUUGGACGGGGCUCUUUAAUGUCAUGGACGACCCAGCAGUGCAGAGUGGCAGUGACUCCAGCUCCAGGUACUUUGAAUUUUACGAGGGCCCUUUUGAGUAUAACUCCACGAGAUGCCUGGAGCUGAGGCACGAGAUCUUGGAAGUGAAGGUGCUUUCCAUGGUGAAGCAGUUGGAGCUGUUCGACAGGUGGAAGAGCCUCCAGAUGUGCAAAUGGGCGAUGAACAUCUCUGAAGCCAACCAGUUCAAGUCCACUCUGUCCAGGUGCUGCAAUGCCCCCUCCUUCCUCUUCACCACCCAGAAGAACACGCCCCUGGGGACGAAACUCAAGUAUGAGGUGGACACCAGCGGCAUCUACCACAUCAACCGGGAGAUCUUCCACAUGUUUCCCAAGGACAUGCCCUACUACCGGUCCCAAUUUAAGAAAUGUGCCGUGGUGGGCAAUGGGGGCAUCCUAAAGAACAGCCGCUGCGGGAGGGAGAUCAACAGCGCCGACUUUGUCUUCCGGUGCAACCUACCGCCCAUCUCGGAGAAGUACACCAUGGAUGUAGGGGUGAAGACAGAUGUGGUCACGGUGAACCCCAGCAUCAUCACAGAGAGGUUCCACAAGCUGGAGAAGUGGCGGCGGCCCUUCUACCGGGUGCUGCAGGUGUACGAGAACGCGUCCGUGCUGCUGCCUGCAUUCUACAACACGCGCAACACCGACGUGUCCAUCCGCGUCAAGUACGUGCUGGACGACUUCGAGUCGUCGCAGGCCGUGUACUACUUCCACCCGCAGUACCUGGUCAACGUGUCGCGCUACUGGCUCACCCUCGGGGUGCGCGCCAAGCGCAUCAGCACCGGCCUCAUCCUGGCCACGGCGGCGCUGGAACUGUGCGAGGAGGUGCACCUGUUCGGCUUCUGGGCCUUCCCCAUGAACCCCUCGGGCCUCUCCAUCACCCACCACUACUACGACAACGUCAAGCCCCGCCCGGGCUUCCACGCCAUGCCCUCCGAGAUCUUCAACUUCCUGCACCUGCACAGCCGCGGCAUCCUGCGCGUGCACACGGGCACCUGCAACUGCUGCUGAGGGCGGCGCAGGCUGCCCGCCCGCCCGGCACACGGAACCUCGCUCCUCGCCCGCCCGCCCGCAGGGCAGGGCGAAGGCCUGGCGCUGAGGCUGGCACGCCCUCGGACGCUCGGCUUCGGGCUUCGGUCCUGUGGGCUGGGGGCCAGGCAGAGUCAGCUCCGUGCCGAGCGCCCCCCACCUGCGCACGGGUAGCGCACUGCUGGGCCACACCUCCAGGUCGCGGCCCUGGGGAUUGCAAGUGAAUCAAGCACAUUUCCACUCAGUUUUAGCAACCAAGAGAGCACAAACUGCAAGGCCUCUUUGCAGCUAAAGGAAGGCCCCAGCGGGAACGGAAAAGAGGGAGACAGGACAUGUGAGCAUGGUUAAGAUUUAACUCAGGAUUUUGGGUUCCUGAGUCUUAUACCCAGGCCUCAGCCCUGAAUUGUUGUAGAGAACCUCAGAGCUUAGAGGCCAACCCAGCGGCCAGACCUUCCUGUGGGGACAAUGGCUCAGAGAGGUCCAGGGAUUAUCAACCAAGGUUCCACCAACCGAGUCCAUUAAGUGGCGCUGUGAGAUCUGAUGCAAGGCCUGUGUGUUAUGAUCUUCACUGAGACACUGUCAGCCAAAGAGAGCCACACCCUUCAAACACAUCCUCAGGCACACACACAAGUCUUGGUGCCUCCAAGUUCAGUCCUGCGUUUGAUCUUUUGAUGAGAAGGAAAUAAACCAGACCAGCCAUUUGCACUAAGGUUUCCAAGCCAAUGUUAUCGACUCAAUAAGUACUUAGCGACUUGCUUCCUCUUCUGUCUCCCUAUCUUCAACUCUGUUUUAACCAGGAGUUAUUUAUAAGAUCCGUCCCUCUGUGUGUUCCUGAAUACUGCAGAAUCCUGCUGUAUAAUGUUCCUGAAUUGGAACUGUAAGGCUCCAGACUGGAAAGCGCUGACAUGUGACUGGUGAGCUUAGCGAUGGAAGUGAGCCAUGGUCUCUGACACCAGCAUCACUGAGGUUCUACUGUAAAGGUGGGACUUCCCACAGCACUCAGCCUGGUGGCCUUCACACGCAUGGACCCACAGGGCCUCUGCUUUGGGAAGUCAGCUGUAGCUAGGCUAAAAGGGGUUCACAUGUCAUUUCACAUCCCUUUGCUUCCCCCGUGGUAUUUCCACCAUGAAUGCGGCUGUGCCUAAUACGCACCGUUGGUGAAUUGCCUUAGAAUUUAGCUUUGUGGAAUCGUAGAAUAUUAGUCCUGAAAGACCUUCAGCUCCCUCCCUCCUCCUUCCUUCCCUCCCCCCUCGCUUCUUUCCUCCCUUCCUCUUUCCUCUCACCCUUCUUCCCUUCCUCCUUUCUCCCCUCCUUCCCAUAAACAUUUCCCCAAGCCUAUUCUGCUUUGGGUUGGGGCCGGGCUUGGGAAGACAUGAUGACACAUAAAGGCAGUGUCUCUGUCUUCUAGGAGUGGAGGGCAGACCAUAGACAAAUUCUGGCCCCGCCCACUGGGUGUUCAGAAGGGGAGGGACUGUGAGAGCACAACACAGCAGGGAACGGGACCUUUCAUCCGAUCACCUCAUUUUACAGGCAGAGCAAUAGGCCCAGCUGGUGAGAGACAAGAGGGCACAGGCCUUGUCCCGGGCCCCCAGGCUCCCCAUCCAGGGCAGAACCCCUUCCUCUUGCCUGGAUUUCAUGUUGGUGGGCCAAUAUGGAGCAAGUGCUCCGUGCACGACACUGUUCUAGAUGCUGGCCUUGGUUCUGAGCUCUGGUCCUCACUGGGAAACCCUGGGGCUGCUCUGAGCCUGUCUGCUUGUCUGCAGAGCAAGGAAGUAGCCAAUGAGGUAAAUUAGGCCCAAGCACUUGGCAAACCAGGAAACACUACUAAGGACGGUGGAUGGUUAUGCUUCCUUGUGCUCUGCCUAUUUCUCCCAAGGAAGGAACAUCUGGAAAGAUUCCAGUUAACUGAGGUUUCCAGCCACUUGUUUAUGGUUAAUUGAGCCCCUUUCUUGAAACUACAGAAUGUCAGAACUGGAAGGCUCUUAAAGACCAUUUUAUCCCACAUAAGGAAACAGGCCCAGAACAGGGAGGUGAUCUGGGUCAAGUCGUGCCAGGGGCUCUAUUGAGUGCCUGCUGAGGAUAGAACCCUCUGCCAGAAGCCCUCUGUUUAUGUUCCAGAUGGGGCAGUGUUUGGGGGCAAGAGCCUUGGUGAGUCAAAUACCACGGUUCUCACAGCCAAGGGUGUCAUGGGCUGGUGUCUGCCCCAGCCAGGUCCCCUGUAGGGGCUGGGGAUGGAGCAUCAUGACCCACCCUGUGAAGGAGCUGGACUCCUUGCUCUCGGUCCUAUUUAAGUCUCUGGGUCUUAGGGCAAGUCCCUUCCCCUCCCUUAGGGUCUCCGUUUCCUCAUCUCUACAACUAAAGGCUUAAAGAAUAUCCCUAGGGUCUCUGUAAUCUUUAAUUUUAUUUAAGUUUUUGGAAGUACUCAUGAUGUAUGGAUCUAAGCCAUAAAUAAUAUUUAUGGCUAUAAUAGCUAAGAUUUACUGCACGCUCAUUCUGUGUCAGGCCCUACACUGGGCACUUUCUUUGCACUGUCUCCUGUGAUCAUCACAAGACCCCCUUGGGUAAGAAGGCUCCAUUGGGCAGGUGGGGAAACUGAGGCUCAGAGCCAUUCAGUGUCUUGCUGAUGGCCAGGCACCUAGUGGAGGAAACUGCACCCGCGUCUGUGGAACCCCAAAGCCUGUGCUCCAAACCUGUCUUAGCCGCUUCCUAGCCAGUGUCACCAGGGCUGGAACAAGAGGGAUCCUGACCGAGAGGCCACUGUAGGGUGGUGCUGGGCCCCACUCUAGCGACAGUGCUCUGGGAGGCUGUUAUGGGUCCAGGAGAGAGGCUGCUUGUAGGUGCUCCCCCACCCAUCCAGCCCUGGCCCUGGCAGCAGUACAGAUGCACCCACAGUGCAAUGUAUGCAGGGGAGUUGAGGCCAUCUCCACAUUUUGCAGAAGGGGUACAUAUUAAAAGAUAGCAUGUUGGGGGACUUGCCCAAGGCCACAUGGCCGGCUAGUGACUCAACUGGGACUCAGCCUCCUGACUUCCAGGCUACACUUUUCUCCUGCAGCCAGUGUUUGUAGGCGAUGAACCUUUUCAAAGGCUCAAAGAGACCUGGGCAUUGACUCAGGAAGCCCCACCCCACCACUUUCCUCGCAACUCCACCCCCAUCCCACCAUGCAGACUACCAGUGACACUCUUGUAUAAGGGAAAUCAACUCCCCAAAACAAAACAACCAUCGUGUCUUCCUUUGUGCUAAGCCCACUGCUCCAGGCUUGAAAGGCAGCAAAAACAAGUAAACGACUCGGUGCUCAACCAAGCAAAAAGGAAGGUGGCUCAAGGUCAGAUGUGGCCUCUGAGACCGUUUCAGCAAUGCUGCUGCGGCAACCCUGCCCACUAAUCACCUGGUGCUGCAGAGAGCAGGGAGCCCAUUGCCCUUGACUCUGCUGAGUAUGGGGGGGGAAGCAGUGGCAGCACUUCCUGACAACGGAAGGACAGCACAGAGCUGGCUUCAGCCAGGCAUUCAGCAAAUUGUUACUGAGCGCUCAUUUUGUGCUGGGCAUCGUGCGAGGGGCCGUUGAACUAGUGAUGAGCAGAAUGUAGCCCCAGCCCUCUUGGAGCUUAUGGUCCAGUGGGCAUGUCCAGAUGCUGAACUGAGUCCCCCAGGCACACGUAGGAGCUGAGCUGAGUGCUAGCAAGUCUGGGCUCAGAGACAGCACUAGAGGAACACCAGGCCAUGCCGGGGUCAGUCCUGAAUUCUGAAGGCUGGCAAAAUGAUUGUAAUUGUCAAAGCAGUGGAUCCAUGUCAGGCCUCGUCCUCAACAUCCAUGUGACGUGUGACAGGGUGGCCACACUGGUCUUUUGAGUCCUCUCUUCCUUUUUAUUUUUUUUUAUAAGGAACCACUUUCCCCUGACCUUCCUCCUGCCUCUCUGAACGCUCCUGCUCAGGCUUCUUUGUCGACUCAUCUUCUGUGAAGCUUCCUCAGGGUUCUUUUCUCUUUCUAGGAGCAUUUCUGCAGAAAUCAUAUCUGUUCGCAGCCUCAAAUCUCUCCUGUCCUUGCAUCUUACACCCCUCUCCUGGAGGCCGUUUCUCCCUUGGAGCAUCAGGAACACGCUUGCCGUGGCCGUCUGAAUGUCUGUACCUGCUCAGCAUCUCAGACCUCACAUGUCCUCAACUGGUACAGUUAAAAGGACAAUCUGGAUUCAAAGUCAUGUGCCCUUACUAGUGACCUUGGGGGAGCUACCAAAGCCCCUGGAGGCUCUGAUUCAUCAUCUGAGGUUGAGGCCAGGACACCAGCCUCACCAGCUGUGGAAUAGGGUUGCACAAUGCCUAGCACAGUGCCGGCACAAACUAGACACCCAGGGAGCAGUUUCCCUCUUCCUCCUUUCUUCCCCUGCUGAAUGGCUCUACCACAUCACUGGCCCUUCAGCCCCAAACCUGGGUCACUCUUGGCUCUUCCUUCUCCUUCGCUUUCUAUAUCUAUUUGUUCACCAAAUUUGAUCAAUUCUGAUUCAUAAAUAUCCCUUGAAUUCAUUCCCUACCUGCAUGCCUUCUGCCACUGCCCUAACUCAGACCCUUUUGACUGACCAUUCUGCUUCUAGAGAAUUAACUUCUGGAAACACCUUUGGUGGAGCCCAUUGCCAUCUUAUACCAUAUAGUCCAGAUUCCUUACCCAGAUGUGCAGAGCAUGUCCCAAGCUGGCUCACUCACCUUUCCAGAGACCCUCCUGCCGGCACCAUCCCUCUAAUACUCCUCUAGGUGCUGUGCCUUUGCACAAGCUAUUGGAAAUGCCUGGAAUGGCCCCACAUUCCAACCUCCUCCCUCCUCCCCUUUACCCCACCACUUUUGCAGGUAAUGUCAGGUGAUGGUCCCCGCCUCUUCCCCUCUGUGAAGCUGGGCUGGGCACUCUCUGUGCUUCUGCAGCAACCAUCACUGACUUCUGUUAGGACGUCCUCACAGCAUACUACAUGGGUGCCCCUGUGUCCUUGGCCAAGGGUCUGUCCUUUCCCCAGGGGAAUGCACUGUAUCUGGCUCAUCUUGGUGCCCUCAGCACUGGCACAGAGCCAUGUGUUAACUAUAGCAGCGGGGUCUCUGGUUAGCUGGUGGGUUCCAGUGGUUCAGAAGACCCCAUUAAUAAACCGAGUAACACCCUGGGGUAAUUGUCAGCUUAAGAGAGUACUCUGCUGAUUUUUUUUUUGCCUGGUACCGUCUAUGUGGGAAGCACUGAGCUAUACAAAGACCUCCCCACCUGCCCUUGGGGAGUUUGGGGCGCAGGAGGCUGAAAUGUCCCUGUUGCAGUUGCUUGCUGGUUCCAUCACCCAGUCUCCGCUACCUUCUUUCUGCCUCCGCCCAUUAUAAUCUUGCUCAUCUGCUUCUUGCCUGUUCUUCAACCCUCUUUCUCUAGUUUAAACAAAAAAGGGAAAGAUUUUCUUUUUUCCCUUCCCUCCUUCAGAACCAUAGAGAUUUGUCAGGAUCUGAAAUCGCUGUGCUGAGGUACAAGCUGGGUAGCAGUAUACGAGGGACUUAUCAAUAAUGGCUCAAGAACAAGUGGAAAGUGCUUUAGUUAUUGACUGGGAAACAGAUGAGUUGAGCUUUGCAAAAUGUCCACUCCAGUUACCCAGUGGAAGGCCAGGAGCUUGGGGGUCUCCCUGUGGGGAGGGGAUGGUGCUGCUCUGAGCUCAACACACACCCUGGCCUCUCUCCCUGCAACCAGGGCACCCUUCUAGGAGGAGGCUGGCUGUGGCUUACAGCCAGGUGAGGCCAGGCUCGGGUGUGCCGAUGCCCAGGGUGUGCCCUGUUCUCUUUGUUCUUUGGAGGGCUGGUCAAGCCGGGCCAGUCUGAGGUUGAUUACAUCCUACAAGGUGUCCUGAUAAAGCAGUGUGUUCUUCAAAGGGUAGACUGUAGAUCACCUGUAUCAGAAUCCCCUGAGUGUUUGUUAAAACCCCUGCCUCUGGACUCAGAACCUGGGGGAGGGGUGGUGAUGCUGAGCAAUCAGCACUGUGACAUCUCCCGGUGGGUGGUCUUGGAGCCCAUGUCCGCUGGGGAACUGGGCUCUGCACCGCUUGUGGGUCAGUGGCUACUGCCAGGUGGGUGGUGAUGUCUGGCUUGAUAUUCAGACUGGAGUCUUAAGUGAUAAAAGAGCAAAACCAAGAAUCUGGCACACAACUUCAGCGAGUUCUGGAAAUAUGAAUAUAAAAUAUAGUCCACUAUUAAAUUAGCAACAAAAAUUAACUGCUCAGGAAUCUAUAACAUUUAUGAAAUCUGUUUUGGCCUUGACACUAUCAGAGAUUUUUUUUUUUCUAUUUUUCAACUGUGGUAAAAUAUACAUGAGAUUUACCAUCCUAGCCAUUUUUAAGUGUGCAGUUCAGUAGUGUUAAGUUGUGCAGCCAAUCUCGAGUUCUUUUUUAGUUGCAAAACUCAAACUCUAUACCCAUUAAAGAACAAUUCCCCAUUUCCCCAUCUCACAGCUCCUGGCAACCACCACUCUGCUUUCUGUUUCUUUGAAUUUGACCACUCUAGGGACCUCGUAUAAAUGGAAUUGUACAGUAUCUGACUUUUUGCGACUGGCUUAUUUCAUAUAGAAUCAUUUAGAUAUAAGCUGUUCUCAAAUGACAUGAACUGUUUUUAGUGUCCCUAUAAUAGGAUUCUGAUUUUUGCCUGGAGCAGUUGUCCUGGGCCCUUGGUUGGUCCCUAGCUUCUGGCAACCUCAGCAUCCUUUGCUGAGGAUCAGAACAGUCCUGGUCUUGCUUUGCUAGCUUGGCUCAGCUGUGCUGGCCAGCCAGUGUCCUAAGAGGCAAGAGCACAGCUUCUAUAAGUGUUUAGAUAUUUCCCCUGCAUGGUCUCUUCAGUGAACCUUCUUUUUUUCACUAGAGAGAGAGAGAGACAAACAUACAUACAUACAUACAUACAUACAUAUAUUACCGUGACUUAGCUCUUGGCACAAGAGCCAGAAAUCAGUGACUGUCUCUCUUUCCAGUAGGGGGAUGGUUCCCUUGGCAACCAAGUAACUCAUUUUUUUCAACUAAAUGACUUGCUCAGCUUUGAGGUAAAUGUUUUAUUUCCUCUAGAAUUAUAGUUCUCAACAUUAUAUGCACAUUGGAUUCACCUGGGGAUCUUUAUAAAGCCACCCCCGUGCCAGAUCCUCAUCUUCCCAGAGAAUCUGAUUCACUUGGCCUGGGGAUGGGACCGCAUAUUCUUAUUUUUAAAAAUCUCCUUGAGUGACUCUGUUGCGCAGUGGUUGAGGCUCAUUGUCCUGAGGCGGAAGGUCUCUGCCUUGGCGGCACAGCGGGGUCAUCUGAAGAGCUUUAAGAACCACUCGUGCCUGAACUUUGCCCCCAGAAGUUCUGUCCCAGUUGGUCUGAGGUGUGAUCUGAGUAUGAAGGCUUUUCUGACUCUCCAAAUAAUUCUACUAUGCAGCCGAGGUUGAGAACUGUUGUUCUAGGUCAGCAGCUCCUGUGUCAGAAUCACUUGGAGAGCUCAUUGGUUCUUGGGCCCCUCCCUGGAGUCUGAUUUGGUGAGCCUGGCGUGGAGCUUCCUCGCUGGCUCCUAAGCGGUGCUGAGGCUGGUCCUGGGACUACGCGUUGAGGAGCCCUGCUCUAUAUGAUAUUGUAAUAAGCUCAGCCCUGCUCUGCUGCAUUUGUUUCCUGGUUAGGGGUUGGGAGCAUCGAUUCACGCUUGAGAUUUCUGAAAGGUACCAAACAGCUCUUUUUCUGAACAUUUUCAACAUUUAAAUAAACAUCAUGAAAUCUUUUUAAAGCAAAGUUACAUAGAUUUCUUCUCCCAGGGUUAGUAGGCUCAGAGUAUACCUGAAUUAAGAAUUCAUCUGUGCCCAGGAUCAGGAUGUGUUUUGGGAUCAGAGCUAAGGGGUUGGGUCUCUGGGGCUUGGAACCAGCCUGUGACCAGCUGAGGGUCAUAACUGAUGCUGGGGUAAGAUCAGAGCACAACAAUGCUCUCUUUAACACAAAGCUGGACCAGGCGCUCUGCCUACCAUGCCCAUGGAAAACAAAAAAGGAAGGUGGUGAUGAAGAAACAUCUCACAGAAAUGGGCUGAUGUGACCCAGGGUUCACACCUGCAUUAUGUUCCGCCUUCCUUUCCCACCUUCCGCUGGAAAAGGCUCCAGUUGCAACCAGCGAGCUAGUGCCUGAAUCCUGCCUCAAUCUCUUCUGUCUCCAACUGGAGGCAAGUUCCCUGCGCCUUCCCUCUGAAGAUGCCACCAGCAGUGUGGUCCCAGUGAGCACUUUAUCCCCAUGGCAGCUCACAAUUCCUCAUUCAGCCGCAAAAAUUUGUUAAGGGAGGAAAUAGUUACUGUGUUAUUGAAACAAGGUCAAAGCACACCUCACUUCCCAGGGCCACUUACCCAGAAAGUUCACUCAGCCCCAGGCAGCUGUGGACUCAGGUAAAGGAAAAUUAAUUUUAAGCCCCCAAAGUAGCUGCUAUAAAGCUCUGUAUCAAAGAACAAAUAUUUUGCUAACAGCAAAUCCCUCAUGGCAUUCACUUUAAUUUUAAAUUCAAAUCUAGUGGACUUGAUUCUGGUUUCUAAUAAUAAAGCAAAUUAAGAGAAUGAUAACAGGUGCUAGAUUUAGCAAGAAGUGGCAGCUAAUAGACUAAUAAUAAUGGCAUUAAAAAGACCAAAUCUAUACAUCUCAGAAAAUACCAAGUGAUCUGAGGCUAUUUAGUGGAGGGGCAAGUAGUUUAGUGGAGGGGCCAAUAUGUAGUAAUAACCCCAAGGGCAACAAAUGACCCCUCAGAGCAGCCCAUCCUGUGGUAUCCACAACCACGUAGAGGUACGAAAACGCUCAAACAACGUUCGGUAGACUGUGUUUAAGCAGGCAGAGAAGCGUUUUAUCCGCUUGGAAUUAUUUCCAUCCCCAAACACUUAAAACACAUUCAUAGACAUCUUGGUGCUUAAAGGAUUAGCCCUUAGUUAUCUUGAAGUUCAGGUAGGUGAACUAGUUCGUUAUCUGAUAAUAUAGGAUUCAUGAGAUGGGUAAACUCACUCUUUUAGACUUAGUUUCCCUCUGACAUUUGCUGCCUCCCCCCAGGAGGAGGGAGAAGGGCACCCCUUCUACCUUUCUGUCUUAAAGGGGACGUGCAGCGAGGCUGGUUGUGGUGGCCGGGGUGUCUUCUUCCUGCACCUCUGCUUCCACCUGUGGUGCCUCUAUUGCACGUGGGAGGGGGAUGGGGAUCUCAGCCGGGGCCAGGGCAGGCUCUGCAGUGACUCGGCCUGGAUUUAUUUGUGAAUUUAAGAAUAUGACUAUUUUUUUCAUAUUCUUAUGAAAGUGAACACUUCUACUUUCUACACAUCUUCAUCAUCCAAUUUCUCACCAGCCCUCGCUGUGUUCCUAGGAGGAGGGUAAGGCAGGUGGUGGCAUCCCGACUGGACUGAGGCCCAGGAAGGUGACGGAGGCGUGCCCCGGGUCACAUGGAAUGGUGGUGAGCUCCGGUUGGGUGCCCAAGCUCCCCAAGGGGCAGGGGGAGGCAGCCAUGUCUUGCUCUCACCCCUGAAGCCCUUGUGUUUUCUUCCCUCUGGGUUGUCAGGCUGACUGCAGUGUGGUUCAGGCCUGGGCUUUACCCCUGGCCUCAUGCCUUGCCCAGCGUCGGUGAGGAGGGGCCUUUAUGGGCUCCGUUCCCCUCUGGGCCCCAAGCAUGGGGGCUGUACCUCGUGGGGGGAGGGUGGCAGCUGCCCUUGGCGGAGGGUCACCCAAGGCGUGGCAAAGCAGGAGUGUGGAGGGCGUUGGCAGCAGACACAGCGACGCAGCCCCCUGGUGCUGUGGCCGUUUGCGGGGAGGCUGCUGGGAUCCCAGGUGACAGCUCCUGCCAGCCCUCUUGCACCUUCUCCGGCAGGACCCUCGGCCCCCACUGUGGCAGGCUUCGGAGCCAGUCCCUCUUUCCAAGGUUUGGGGGACAGCUGGUCCUCCCUGAGGCUUCCAUGCUCUGCACACAUGUUUUAGGGGUGCAACAGGGUCUUGGUGGCCUGCAAAUUCCCUUUCUGGACCCAACUGACCUCCCUUCAGAAAGCCAUAACUCUUCUUCAAAGCCGUAUUGUUUGAACUGUGAAAUAUAUGUAAAUGUAUAUGUAUUUUUUAAACUAACACUUUAACUCAACGAGGGUACAACUGUUCAGUGCUACAGUUUGGAUUCAAAAACCCCUGCCACCUUGCUCCCCAAAUGAAGCCAGGCCAGAUGAUGGCGGACCACAGGGGAGCUGCGGAAACCUAGGCCCUGCAGCUGCGUGCUCCCUGCCCUGCGCCUGCACGUGCUUUCAGCCAGGCUCGAUGGCAGUUUCCAGGAGAGCACGUGAAGGCAGCCAGUGGAGUACCCCCGAGGGGUUGGUGGCACCGACUCAUCCCUAAGUGGCCCCCCGUGUGUGAAGACAAAGUGGCCACGCGGACGUGACAUCCAUGUGCUCUUCAGCCCCAUCCCUCCCUUGCUUUCCUCCCUCAAGAGCUGCAUCACAUGGCACUGUGUUCUGUAGAGCCUUUCCCAUUGGAGAAGAAAAGGGAGGCUGAAAUGUUGUUUGCUGGGAUGUAGAGAAACUCGAUCUGGUCGUGGAGCUGGAACAUUGCUUAAAAAAACAAAUCCCUCCCAUCCUCUGGUUGAUUUGCUCCCUCUGUUUGCCCUGGAGAGAAACACUCUGUGCCAUUCCAAAGCGUUGGGGAGAUGGGGCUGCAGCCGUUAUCUUAUUUUCAUGCAAAUUUUGUUGAGGAGCAGGGGUUUAUACAAACUCCUGCAGCAUAAUUCUAGCUUGUAUGUAUGUGGCUGUCCUUGAGUGAUCCUGAAGUGGUAACUGUGACUUAUGCCUAAGAACAUAAUCAGGGUAAUUUGUACCUGUCACUGUGUUUGAAAAGCCCUCAAUUUCCAUCCAGCAAAACCAGUCAAAUGGUUCAUUUAGCAAAGACUCUCUGGCUGUGGCCGUGUGUGUGUCUGUGUUUGGGGAUGAGGCUGGACUAGGCUGAUGCAGCACAGCCCAAUGUGGGGAGGCUCCCAGCUCUUGUGAAGAAGGCAUGGCCACUUGGGGCCCAUCUUCGGGCAGCGCUGGCCUGUCUGUGUCUGGCAAGGGUGGCAAUGUAAGCAUAGGGGCUCACAGGAAGGGCUCAGAAACCAGACCUAGACUAAAUUGGGUGGAGUGCUGAAUUGACAGUAUACAGGGAGCAGGAGGACAUGGAGGACCGCAGGCUUCCACUAAGGAAGGAGGGUCCCUGAGGGCUGGAGGGCUAGGGCAGGUGGGAUCUGAGAUGUGCUCACACCUGGAAACAGACCCAUUAGCCACAUAGACUUGUCUCUCUCUAAGCAAACUAGCUCUUUCAAGGUCCGGAGUCACAGCAAAGGAAUCUGAACACUAAUUACCCUCUGAUUUAAAAAAAAAAAAAAAGUUCUUUCAAUGCCAAUAUCCAUGAGUGUGUUUAAAAUAGGAUUAUAUUAAAUAAAUAAAUAAAAUAUUCAUGCACAAACUGCCUGGCUGGGUCUGGCCUGCCCUAUGAGAUGUAGAUAAAAUUGCUUGGAUUCCACAAAUCUGCCUUUUGGUAAGUCCAAAGCCUUUCCUAUGAUUUCUGCAAGCUCUCAGGGGCUAACAUUUUCAUGAUCCCUCGGCCUUCAGACUUUUGAGCUUUUGAGCAUGUUUCUGUUUUAUAUCCCUUAACCACCUAGAUUAGAUGCAGACCUUUCCUUGACAUCAGUGAUCAUAUAAUGCAUUCCAGAGUGCUGUGGGAAGAGAUGGGAAAGGGAUGGAAAACAUUCCAAAAAUCAAUCUCAAAUGUAAUGUUGGGUGUCCUCUGGCUAACCCACUGGCCAAACUCCCAAUGGGGAUACUUCAUGUGGCCCCAGCCUCAGUCCAUCUAUCUGGCUCCUCCUCUCCUCCCCCUUCUUUGGCCUCCUGUUCUUACUCCCCAACUCCCUCUCAAUGGAGAACAGAUUUCUGCUAUUUCUCUUUGGAGCUGUUUAAACAUUCUCUGUGUGCUUGGUUUCCUGCAGAGCCUAGAUCUCAGCUCGCCUUUUACCUUCCCCCUAACAAGAACUUCCAUGGCAGCUGGAAGAUAUUUAAACUUUCCUUAUUACCAUUGUAAAAUGCCAAACACUCGAGCAAGCAACUAUGGAACCUAAGGAUACUGUUUGAAGGUUAUUCCUGAGACCUGGACACUGUCUAUUAUAGGAAGAAAAAGAGCUGAGCGUCAGGGAAAUAGGACUUCAAUAUAUAUUUUUGAAUAAAUGAAUGAAUGAACCAAUGAACUGGGGAAAGAAGAUGAAUGUAGUUCAUUUAUUUAAUAAAUAGAUGCAUACUA